CCUGUGGCUCGUAUCUGGAUUCAGCAAUUUGAAACUAUUGUUACCUAUCACGGGCUGAUAGCACCCUUUCACGAGUACCCUACUUCGCCAUGGUCAAUCGACUGGGCGAACUUCACACUCCUCCAAAGUACAUAUUCAUCCUCGGUUGGCUACGGCCAUCUCUGGCUCUUCUUUUCGCCACCUGCCUGACACCUGUCAUCGUUGUGUUUGCUGUGGUCACUAAGCUCUAUUACUUCAUUCCCUUAUUGUUACGAUGGCGACGAAGAAGGCCAGAUGGAAGAGAAAUCCAUUCGCAGUACCAGGUGAACGGUGAAGACUACGAUGGUGUGGUUGUGGAGUCGGACGACUACAACUGCUGAAUCAAGUCUCUCAACAAAAUCCGCGGCGAAGAGCAUAUCGACGGAUCCCUGAUAAUUCUAAGAGGCCGCGUCGAGGAAGAGAAUUUGGUUCAAUGGAAAGCAUAGAACAUGGUCGUGUAGUAUUAGGCCAGCCUUUCCGGGUAUUGGAACAAUGCGAAAAUUCAAUGGCAGGCGACAGGAGUCCUACGUAAAUCUACAAUGCCACUUGAACUAAUCAUUGAAC